CUGUCUGUGUCUUUAAACGUGAGGAACGAGUUGUCAUGGGAACGUCCAGCGCCGGAACAAACAGGUUGCUCCGAAGUGUCCACCUAAAUAAAUAAAGCGGAAUCUGAGUUAAACCAAAGGAAUAACUCGCGUGGAUUAACUUUUAAACCUACAAACAGACGACCAUGACUUCGAGGCGAGGCCCCCAGGAGCCACGGGGCGCGUGCGUCCCGGUGGAGGACUCGGAGGAGGACCGGACCUGCAUGACGGAGUACGUGGAACUUUUAAAACUACGAAGAGAAGCCACAGACCAGCAAAAGGUUUACGACGGGAAAAUGCAGAUGUUGGAGGACCUGCAGCAGCAAUCUGACAUGUUGAGAACCAAAAUAAAGGAAGCGGUUCAGCUACGAGCAAGCUUGAAUACACUUCUAAAGGAAGAGGAUUCGAACUCAUCCCUGAUGAAGGCUCGGGAGCUGUUUGAAAAGGAGAGAUCGAGGGGCAAAAAGGAGAUCCAGACCCUUAAGGAGGAGAAAUCCAAAGUGACUGAGACCAAACAGAAGCUGCAGCGUCAAAAGGAAGAGCUGUCUGUGUAUGCAGACAUGCUGCGGGGAGUGUGCAGACUAACAAAGUUUGAGGAUGUGGACCAGCUGGCUCGCUACAUUGAAGGUCAGCUCCACAUCACAGAGAAGCUCACAGAGAAGGAAAAACAGGUGCUGAUGGAAAUGGAUCAGCAGAGAAAAGAGCUGUCAAAAGUGCAAGAGAAGCAGAAUCUUCUGCGUCAUACAAUGAAUGGCCAGCUCUACCAGCUCCAAACAGAGAUAGAAGAGAUCCGCUCCGAAGCUGAAGUUUGGGAAAUGAAGUGGGAUCACAUUCAGGACACAGCUGCAAGGAAAACCCUGGAGUUGUGCCAAAUCAAGAUGAUAACGCUGAACCUCUUUGAAACACUAGGGGGCGUCAAUGGAGAGAAAGCCAUCAGCAUGAGUGACACAGAAACACAACUGGAGCAGAUCGCCACGCGCAUGAAAGACAUGGAGGACAUCCUGAAAAUGCACAAGGACCUCUAUCAAGCACAGGGCUCUGCAAAAGGAAAACCUGAGGAGGCUCCAACCUAAUAAAACAUUGUUUUAGUUUUUUGAAAUUCAUUGUAA